AUGUUUAGCCUGGAGCGGAGACGACUGAGAGGAAAGGAGGAGAAGAAAAAAUGGAAGGAGAUGAAGCUGCUGAGAAAACUAGAAAAGAAGAGAAUACAGGAGCUGAUGGAAAAAAAGAAAGAAGAGGUGGAGUCCAAGGAAGAUAAAGGGCGUCACUAUACGGUCAGCGUCGCCCUUCCCGGCUCCAUUCUCAACAAUGCGCAGUCGCCAGAGCUGCGGACGUACCUUGCCGGCCAGAUUGCCAGGGCCUGCACCAUCUUCUGCGUGGACGAGGUUGUGGUGUUCGACGAGCAUGGCGAAGAUUCAAAGACCACGGAAGGAGAAUUUGAGGGGAUCAAGAAGAGAGGGCAGGCCUGCGUGCAGCUGGCCCGGAUUCUGCAGUACCUGGAGUGUCCCCAGUACCUAAGGAAAUCUUUUUUCCCCAAGCACCAGGAUCUGCAGUUCGCAGGGCUCCUGAAUCCCUUAGACAGUCCCCACCACGUUCGGAUCGAUGAGGAAUCGGAGUACCGCGAAGGGGUGGUUUUGUCGCGGCCUACCAAGCCGGGCCGAGGGUCCUUUGUCAACUGCGGGAUGCGCAAGGAGGUGCAGAUAGACAAGCAACUGGAGGCUGGCCUUCGGGUCACCGUGCGGCUAGAGCAGCAGCAGCAAAAUCCGGAUGGCAAAACACGGAAGGGCACGGUGGUGUCCUCGCACCAGCCCCGAACUGCCUCCGGCCUUUACUGGGGUUACAGCGUCCGCUUAGCUUCCUGCCUGAGUGCUGUCUUCGCGGAGUGCCCUUUCAAAGAAGGCUACGACCUCUCCAUCGGGACCUCUGAGCGGGGGGCCUCUGUGGACCAGGCCGUUGUCCCUCCUUUCAGCCAGGCUCUGGUAGUUUUUGGCGGCUUGAACGGCCUGGAAGCUGGUGUGGACGCCGACCCGAACUUGGAGGUCUCCGAUCCGAGCACCGUGUUUGACCUUUAUCUGAACACCUGCCCAGGCCAAGGGAGCCGCACCAUCCGGACCGAGGAAGCAAUACUCAUCUCUCUGACAGCGCUGAGACCCCGGAUUGAUGAAGCAACAAAGAAAAACGGGAGCAACUGAAUGAAGGACCCUGACCGGAAAACGAGACAAGUCUUAACUCUUCCCGUUCCCCGUUUUUGUCCUUCGUGGCUAAGCUAAAACAGAAAGCAGUGGGAUACUUAACUUCCCUGAACUGCUCGAUCAUCAUUCCCACCACCUGGGAAGGAUCAGGAACCAGGCCAAAAUGUACUUGUAUGGUGGAAACAACUCCUUUUGGGGCAUCCAGAUGCAAAUGAUAGAGGAAUUAGGUGAGCUGCGAGAUCAGUUGAGGCAGCAUCGUCUUGGAAUGAGAAAAUCCCAGCUUGAACUCUGUACAUGAUGGUGAAGCUGCAAUAAGAUGCAUUUUGGAAGAAAGAGAAAACCCCAGCUCUGGCACACUUUUACAUCUGUGAG